AGUAACUGAAUGAAAACAAAGAUCUUUUAUGAAAUUAGUUCUAGUAAGUCUGUGAAAGUGUCAGCGGAACGGCGUACAUUUAGCCGAAAAAUUAUUUAGACUGCAAGUCUGUGACAGUUCCUCGAUUAACCGAUCUGCAGCCCAAACAAGCAAGCACCCGGUCGACCAAUCGUUUGCCGCACGCCGUACGCCGCACGCCACCCACGGUGCACAAGCACGUAGUAAAUAUAGGCGCUCUCUGUAUGGGCGCGCAGCCACACACACGUGCACACACAUUCAUACAUACACACGUAUGUGCAUGUAUGCCAAAACUAAACGCGCUGUGAUCGACGCGUUAAGAAACGAAAGUUUUUCAUUUUCUUUGCUGUUUUCGGUGUCUACGGACAAACAAAUUGACGUAUUAUCUCGGCGCGUAGUCGUUUUGGCGUUUCGCUUUUCGUUUCAUAUACGAAACUUUGUGAAAAGUGUAAAAACUAAAUAGCAGUGAUUGCACUGGGUGUGAAGCGACUAGAAGACAUAUAGACUGGAAGUUGCAAACAAGAAGAAAAUAAGUAGACUGGUAUUAGCAAAAUAGUGUCUGCGAAAAAAUCCAUAAAGUCCAAACGUCGAAAACUCUGCCACUUGCUAGCUCGUGCACGAAUAUUCCGUUGCGUAUACGUCUAGGAGUGCACACGUCACUACAACAACAAAGCUAUAUACACAACAACAACAGCAAAGAAAAAAACACCAUGUCACAUCAAUGCAGUUGUGGUCGCGAUCUCAACAACAAUUACGUCUCGUACACAAGCGCCUAUGCCAAUGGCAGCUCGAGCCUGGAUCGCGACACGAAUAGCAGCCUUUCAGGGGGCGGUGUUGGUGGCGGCAGCAAAUCGGCCAUGUCUGGCAAAACCACACAGCUGACGGCGAAAGUGAUGUUCGGCACAGUGGGAGCGAUCAAGGAUCUGCGCGAGAAGGAGAAGUCACGACAUGCGAUUACGCGCGCCAGUGAUCGACGCAACUGAACGAUUGCGCGUUGAAAUUUGACGGACUGAUGGCGCGUUGGCUACAUGGGACGGACGGAGGGGGGGCGGGGGGGGGAGGGACAACCGAAGUGGACAUGGAGAAAGGAUUUUAAGGGAUAAUAUUAGCUUAGUGGAGCAUUGUAAUUGUAAUUGAAGUGAGACUUGCAAGCGAGAGCAACUUGAGUAUAGCAAAGUUGGCGGCAGCACCGAAAGAAGCUGCCACGCGGAUGAUGAAAUGUAAGCUGGUAAUUGCUGAAACAGGUGUACAUAUUGGUAUGCAAAGUUACGUACAUACAUAGUAUGUACAUAUGUGUAUGUAUGUAUGUAUGUAAAUAUACAUAAGUGUACGGAGUGGUUUUUCGGGCAGCAACGCGAAAUUUCCAGAAAUAUCUGCUGCAAUUGCAAUUACAUACAGAUGCUGUCAGGAAAAAAAUUGUAAUGUAUAGAUGUAUGUAUGUACAUAUGUACACAUUAUGUUUAUUUACGCAUUUUCAUGUGCAUAAGUUUGUGUAUAUGUAAAUAGCCUUUAACAUUCUGAUUGGUUUUUUAGAGGGAAUGAGUUUUAGUUAAUACUAAGUGUUUUCAAUAUAAUAUCUAGGAUAUUUGUGGUUAUUUAGAAGAUAUUUUAACAUAUUUUAAAAUUGAAUACUAUUUACAGCGUAAGUUUUAAAUCUUUAAAGAUUUUUCGUUUGUUUGUAAGUUCUUAAAUUGUUUCAAGUAAGACAGUUUAAAAUGAAUAGAAAACGUUUUGUUAGCUUACAGCAACACAUUUUUAAUAUUUCUAUUUUCAGUAAUGUGCAAUAAUUCAACUGUAGUUGUAAAAACUAAAACUAAUUAUUGUAUGUACGCUUAUACAUACAUAUGUAUAAGAUUACGAUAGUUGAUUUGUUUACUUAUAAAAAGCACCAUGAGCAGGGCUUUAAAAUAAUGGUAAAUUUUAAUCGCCUACUUAAGCACACAUUCUGCUGUACACAUAUAUAUCGCUACAUAUUUCACCUUCUUUCACUCAUAUUUUUACGUUUCAUAUAACUUUUGUAUAAGUUAAUUAAACUUUUUAACCUGCAGGCAACUUUCUUCAAAAGUAAUUUCAAACUGAAACCUUUUGAAAUCUCUUUCGUCUGACAUUGCGAUACAUAUUUCAAUUAGCUGAUGGCAACCUUCGUAAUUAUAAUUCAGAAGUAAGGCCUCUUCAAACCCAUUUUGAUUGAUAGCCAUCUUUAAAUUGUUCAUUUAACCAUCUUUAAAUAGUGUAUUUAAUAUUUUGUUAAUGUGUGUUAAAAAGUAUAAAGAACUAAAUAUCGUAAAAUGUAUUUAAACUCAAAGUUGGUGUUAGUCAAGCCUGCAGAUAGGGUCAAAAGAGCGAAGCAAUUCCAGUGUUAAAGCCGGUGGCACCUCCUUUUAAAAUUUUCAAAAAUCUUAAGCCUAAUUUCUCUGGCACCCAAUCGUCAUACAUAUUUCAAAUGCCUAAUGCAAAUUGAAUUCGAUUUUUUAAACAGGUGGCAACCCUCCCACGUGCAGUUAUGAGCUAAUUGAUCUGGAAGCUAGCCCAGUUGUCGACUAACAUCAAAAAUAAAAGAAAAUUAUUUCAUUUUUAUUUAUUUUUCCUAAUAGCGGUCGCCCCUCGGCCGGGAAUUGCAAACCUCCGAGUGUAUUUCUGCCGUUCGGAGUCGGCGUAAAAUUAUAGGUCCCUCCACUUUGUGUGACAACAUCAAGCUUGGCCAAACACUAAGUACACAAUAGUAAGCGCCAAUCUAUUAUUAUUGCUAACGCUGGACAAUCACACCGAAUGUGCUCCGACGUCUCUUCGUCUUCGUGGUUAGGUCAAUACGGUGCGGGUGAAGGCGCAGUUGGUUAUGAUCGCUUAGGCACUGAUAUUCAAAAUAUGUAUGUCUUCUCUAGCGAAAGGUAUACCAAAGAGUCUGACCUAUCUAACACCCUCUAAGCGCUUUCGAGUACUGAGUGCGUUCUGCACUUACCUACUCUGUAACUCUAUGUCUUGCAGAAGACUAACUGAGUCCAAAGAAGUGGUUAAGGUCUCACAAGCACAGACGAUAAGCCAGUCCAUUGCGGGAAUUUCGAAGUGUUAGUCAGUUUCAGAUGACCAAAGCACUCCAUGAUAUGCUUGAAGGUGAUCAUCCUAUUGAGUAGGGGGCUGUUGGUCAUUUGGAUGCCAAAAAAGAAUGAACAUAAAGGCACGCGUCAAACUAUUUUCAAGAUUUCAUAUGGGACGUGUCGAGAUUGUUAGCACCUCCUUAAACAUCCGCUGCUAUUUUGUUCUCCAUCCUUGAUCCAUGUGUGUCCCAUAGUGCACUUAAAUGUCUAGGAUCAAGGUGUUAUAAUUUUAUGACUUUGCAACGGAAGCAAAUGAACAUUGUUUCCAGAGAAGCUGUGGUUAAUUUCUCUUUCAACUAAGCAGUUUUUCUUUUGUUUAUUUAUUCUGAAUUGUUGAAUAGUUGAGCAUAAGUUGUAUUCAAGUUUGACAGUGGAAAAAUGUUUGCAAGGGCCGAGAAAAUAGUUUUACUUAACUAUUUGUAUAUAAGAACUAGCCAAGACCAAGUCUGUCCAAGUCGUUUUCUGAUUACUGCAGUGCCUCGCCUUACAAAUGUAUGUAUAAUUGUAAAGCUGGACUGGCUAAGUGUCCUUUUUUCCUAGUUAUGUAUGUACUGCGUCGCAUAUGCCUCUCAAAAGCAAGCCUUACUUAAUUUGAUUUCGUAAAACUGGUUACAACGCUGGCAAUGAAACAUCCAUGCGUUUUUGAGAGUUAAAUGUUAUAAAUUUUUGUCUUCUUAGAUGCUUCGAAAAAAAUUCGACGUAGAUAAAAAAAAGAAUUGUUAAUAUUUUUGCGAAAUUAACUAUUUUUUACGCACAACAGUUUAGCUUGAAAUUUGAUUUCAUAUCAGUAAUAUGUAUGACAAAUGAAGUAUUGUCCAGAAUCAUGAGAGUAAUUAAUCUGUACUUUACUCAUACAUAUGUAUGUCAUAAAUUAGGGUUUAGUUUUUGUUCUUUGACUAGUUGCCUUUAUCUAACGAAUAGAUAAGUUUGUACUUGGUGAAGAAUGUAUUUAUUUAGUAAGUAUGUACACAGAAUUAUCGUAUAUGUUAUUGUUUUAUGAGGAACACAAUAAUUUUGGCAUAAUUGUUUUGCUUCGUAUAGUUAACCAGCACAUACAUACAUACAUAUCGACACCUGAGUGGAAGAUCGACCUAUUUCGGCAGCCAGUUUUGAAAACUCACUGUCUCAGAAAACUUUUCAAGAAUGCGUUUUGUUGAAAAACAGCCUAUCUCAGAAUUCGGUUCAAAAAGCCCUAUCUGAGCUGAAAAUACAUUGAAAUGGGCGCUCUUGAAAAGUUUUCUCAGAUAGGGCGUUUUCGAACUAAGUAGCUGCCGAGAUAGGUCGUUCUUCCACAUAUAUAUCUAGUAAUUAUGUUGUAAAGGGGGCCAGAUAUCAAUAAUAUCGGCAACAUAAACAUUUAAUGGAAUUCCUAAGUUAUAGUUUUAUUUCACAUCUAAAUAAUUAAUAACAUUGUAUUAUAUAAUAUUUUUACUUGCAUUAUACACAUACAUAUGUACAUGCAGCAACUUUAUAAUACACAUGUAGGUGUGUAUGUAUUUAUUUAUUGUAUAAGCAUAGCAUGUACGAUGUACAAUAUACAUAAGUGUUGUAUAUACUAUUAAGAAUUUGUAAAGAUAUGCAAUACCAAGCACAGAGAGCCUUAAAAACCUGAUUCCAAAAUAAAUUUUUAAAAUAUUUACUUAUAUAAGACUUCAUUCUUAUAAUUAUAUAGAUACAUAUACAUAUAUAUUUUAGUUAAAAAUAAACGGUUUUGUUGCAUAAGUUCGAAUUUAGUUGUAUAUAAAUAUGCAUAUUAAUGUGAUUUUAUCAACAAUAAAUUUUUAUCAACUUAUAUACUACAUAAUUGCUAUUCAAAUACUUUAUCACUAAUAAAAAAUUUACACAAAAAAUUCAAAUGCU